UACAAUCUGUAACUGAAAUUAGUAAUUAUAUUCUCCCAAAUAAUAUCCAAGCGUAAUCUUAAACAAUAUUAUACACUCUGUUGUGUCUAUUCAGCAAGUGAAACUGUUUUCUUUCUUUGUUUUAUUUGACAACUUACAGUAGAAAGUGUUAUGAUUUUUCAACUUUUAUGAUUGUAUUUUUACGGGAAAUAAUAUUUGAAAAGGUGCAUAGGUGACAAAGGCUGAAAAUGACGGUGGAGAAAACUAAAGGGACAUUGCCCAAAAUGCCGCCAACCACAAAAAAGGUCGCUCCAGACGGCGGCUGGGCAUGGAUGGUGUGUUUAGGAGUCAGUAUUGUAAAUUUUUCAACGCGAUCACUGGAGCCAUCAUUCGGUCUUCUCUUCAAAGACCUGCUGGAUGAUCUCGGGGUGCAUACCACUGGUGCAUCAGUCAUCGCCAGUACGUUAGAUUCUGUGGUCAACUUCUCUGGCUUCUUUGUGGGGCCGGUUAUCAAGACUUUCUCGUACCGGAAAGUGUGUGUGGUGGGGUCUGCGAUAUGCGCAUUGGGUCUCCUGUUAACAGCACCAGCGAACAGCAUGGGGCAUAUAUUAGCUACAUACAGUAUUAUAGGAGGUUUUGGAGUCGGUCUCGCAUCGUCAUCAUCGUUCGUUUCACUUAACCAUUACUUCUCCAAAAAGCGAGGGCAAGCGGUUGGGCUGUCGAUGGCGGGGACGGGUUUCGGACUGAUGGUGAUGCCUCAACUAGUCAAGUUAUUACUAGCAGAGUAUGGGUUCCGGUGGACGGUCGUCAUACUCGGUGCGUUGGCAUUUCACGCAGUGCUCGGCUCCUGUUUGUUACAACCUGUGAAAAGGCAUUUAAUUGAUGAGCCAGUUGAUUGCGAGCUUCAAGCUGUCAAGGAAAUGGAGUGCAUAUUUGAGAGUGACGAAGAAAACGAGGAUAAAUUCGAGAUAAAUCCUCUCGUUAAUCAUAUACCAAAGUUCACAACACAACGGUCACAUGGCAAUAUGAACCACCCAUCAGUUCGAACCAUUGGUCUCCCAAGAGCGAAGACUUGCGAUAAACCAUUACAAGACUUUGAAAAGAACUCUAAAUUAGGUAUGUUGACGACAGCGGCGUCGGUGGCUGUGAUGCCGCGGGUGACAUCAAGUGGCAGCAUGAGUGAAGCGGCCAGGAGACGGAAGGUGUCUGUGAUAUCGAACAUAUCCAAUAUGGACUUCACUGGCAGUUACUUGCAACUGUAUCUUGAUACAGCUGACGAUGAAGCCAUACAAAUGAAAACUAUUAAGAAAGUCGAGCCAGAAGUGGAAACAGAAAAGAAAGGCUUCAUUAGAAGGUUUAUUGCUUUAAUGGAUCUAGAUCUAUUGAAAGACUGGUCUUUUUUGAACCUUUUACUUGGUCUCUCUCUGUUUUGGAGCGGGGAAUUACAAUUUAGAAUGUUAACGCCAUUUUUUAUUAGAAGUCUCGGAUACAACAUGAACGACACGGCGUUUUGUUUAUCGAUGACAGCUAUAACCGACAUAUUGGUUCGUUUGGUGCUACCACCUAUAUUUGACAGGACUUCAAUAUCCAAGAAAAUGAUAUUUUUCAUAUCCUCUUUCUUCUUAGCGGUAACUCGCUCUGUGUUAGCACAUCAAUCUGAAUGGGUGCCUCUUAUGAUUUGGCUGUCAAUAUGCGGUUUUUUCCGUGGCAUGUGUUUAAGUAACUUCACGCUUACAAUAUCGGAGUACUGCCCUCUGGAGAAGCUACCGGCCGCCUUCGGACUUCAUAUGGUCAGCAAGGGGGUGUUAGUAGUCGCCAUCGGCCCCCUUAUUGGUUACGUGAGGGAUGCAACAGACAGUUUUACAAUGUGCAUUUUAGUUCAAAAUGCAAUGAUCAUGUCGUGUGUUGUGGUAUGGGCGAUCGAGUACGCGUUAGUAUUCACCCGUCGCCGCAAAGUGGUGCAGAUAUAAAUUAUAUUUAUGUUAUUUUUCUAAAAUAUUUAUAUGCCUCGGAGGUUAUAAUAUAAUUAUGAUGGAAAAUAGUAAAUUGGUGGAUUCUACUUGCACUAUUCAGUCACAAAAUCUAUCAUGACUUAUUAAAACCAUGACGAAAUCCUCGUUACUGUAUACGACAUACGGAAUUAAUGUUUAAAUUAAUCAAAUUUAUGUUAGUUUUAAUAUUAUUUGAGAUGUUGUGACGGAGGAAUAGAAAAAUUGUUAAGGACAAGUUGGCUGUUAAUUACUUUAACUAAGAUUUCGAUUGAUUGACAAUAUGUAUAGUAGGUAUAUGCUAUUAUUAUUUUUCUUAAUCUUGUAUAUUUUAGAAAUUUUUACAUUUAACAGAAUUCUGUUAAAAAAAUUGAAUCUUUCUCUCUAUCUCUCUCUUUCGCUUUCAUAUCUCAAUCGUUGUAAUAAUAUGUGGUUAGUAACCAUGCGGAAAGUGGCUACUGGCCAGUGUUAUUUGGUACACAAUGUUUAUAUUGUUAUGUGACCCUAUUAUUAAUCAUAUUGAUGUUUGUCGUAUAUAGUAACAAGAUUACAAUUAUUUACAUCUUUAGUAAACUAUACUAUUCAUACAGUUUUAUACAGACUUUUGACUUAAUAUUAUUAUAACGACCACGUCUAUUUAUAUAAUUAUGACGUAACUUCUAACUGACGUCACAGUGAACGGAAUAAUCCGUAUUUUUUCCGAAUUAUUUCAUUUGUAUUUUUUUUUAAAUGUUGCAGUCUAUCAGGUUAGUUGUGUACUAUUAUUGUAGUAACGAAAAGAUGACUUAAUGCUAUUGAACUCAAUGUUCUCAAUAUUUUAAUGUAUCUCUAAAUUAACCAUAUCCAGUGAAUCACGAUUUUGAAUGAAUCUUCAAAUUUUAUGACAUUCAAAUAAUAUGUAGGUAACUUUUAGAUACAUUGAUUUUAACAAUAAUAUUUUUAGAUGGCUGUUUGUAGUUUUGAAACGUUUUAUGUAGUUAGUCAUUUUGUGAUGAAAUUUAGUAGGUAAUGUAGGAUGGUGAAUAUUUAUAUAGAUAAUUCAAUUCACGAUGUCGACUCUCUUUUGGUAUAACAAUAUGUUCUUUCCGGCACAAUUUACUACCGUUUAAUGACUUCCUCAUUAUGAAGCCUUGAAUUACUUUAGUACUGUUAAUGUAACUAUGCUAUAUGCCAUGUUAUUUGGAUCUUUUGUUUUGAAUUACUUUAUACUAUAUGAAACCUACUGAAAUCAGUUGGUUUCGAAAAAUUACGUGUGAUGUCUGAAUUAACAUUCAUUCACUUAAUAAAAAAACUAAAUAUUAUCAUUAUAUUUAAUUAUAUUAUUAUU